UACACCGCUCGCUGCUGAAAAUUACGAACGGAUGUGAGUUUCCGGUUGAAGUAAAACAACGUUAAAAAAAUAAAACACCAAAUUUGUGUAUACUGAUAUUCAGCACACCUUCCGCAGUUCCAGUGCGACAAUGUUGUCGGAACCCAAUACGGAUGUUAUCAUUACGGGACACGAGCGAUUGAUUAAUGGCGAAGACACUUUCCGAUCGAUAUCAAUCAGCUCCGAAAAUGAUUUCUCUGAGCGCAAGCAUUUUAAAUUUAUCCCUGAAAAAUUUCUAAAUGUCCUUUUGCUGGGAUUCGGAUUCAUGUUGAAUAUCGGAGCACUACAAACAUGCGUCAUGUGUCAAACAGUUGUUCUAAACAGCGUCCAUGACAAUUGGUUUGACGGAUCGCCAACGGAAGGAUAUGUUUUCAUGGCUAUCAACUGCGCAACACAGGCUGUGGCGUAUUUGUUCGGAGCGUCCGUGAGCGCUCUGAUUGGUCCGAAGUUGGUUCUGGUUGCCGGCUCAGUUUGCAUUUCACUAUAUAUUGCAUCGUUCAUCCGCCCGUUUGUGGCAACAAUUUAUGCCGGAUCGGUUAUUGCCGGAAUGGGUGGUGGUUUCAUCUGGGCAGUGCAGGGGUACUUCGUGGCUGUAAACUCGAGGAGCGACACCGUAGAAAGAAAUUAUGGGAUAUUUUGGGGAAUCUUUCAAUCAAGCUUGAUAUCCGGGAGCUUGUUUUAUUUCUUCAUGUUACGUGGAGCCGAUACAAUCACACCUAAUACGAGAUACGCUGUAUUUGCGACACUAACCACUGCAGCAGUGGUAGGAGUGAUAUUAUUCAGUCUUAUACGGCAUCCAUGGACAUCCUCUACAAAUGUACGCAGGCCGGCUGUUUCAAUAACUCGGACGCGCACCGAAAAGGCAAAAGAGGAAUUAAUCGCCACAGUCAAACUUGGUCUGAAACGGGAAAUGCUCUUCCUUGUACCUCACUUCUUUUACAUUGGUAUGCAGGCCACCUUCUGGAAUAGUGUUUAUAGUACUACACUAGGUUAUACUUUACGAUUCGGCAACAUUGGACAGUCGCUUGUUGGUUUAAACGGCGUCUUUCUUGGGAUAGGAGAAAUUAUAGCCAGCAGUUUUUUGGGAUUAGCCGGAAAGUGGUCUAAUCGGCACGGAAGGGAUAUUUUCCUGAUAGCCGGCAUGAUUACACAUUUUGUCGCACUGUAUUUGAUUUUCCUCAAUCUUCCAUCUGAUGCGCCGAUUCAUCCCACAUCUAAUGGCUCGUAUUUGGGAAACCCAAACGCUUAUUUGGCAAUGUUUUGUAUUGCAAUUUUUGGAGUUGGUGAUGCAAUUUGGACCAAUCAAUUAAUGGCAUAUCUUGGAUGGGUGUACCCCUACAAAACAGUUGCCGCUUUUGGAGUGUAUCAGUUCUACUGUGCUGUCGUUAAUUCUGCAGCAUUCUGGUAUUCCACAAUUUUAACCCUGCCCUACCAAUUCCUUCUCCUUGUCGGAACCGCUCUUCCAGCUGCUGCCGGCUUUUGUUGGAUGGAGUGGAAGACAAGCCGUCGGACAUGGGAAGCCAACGAAUCUCUGUUUAAUUAGCGAUUUUAUGCUUGAAUAGCAGUAAUAAUUACUGCAAGCUGAAAUGUGAUAAGAAAUUAUUGUCGUCAACGUUUCACAAUUUUAUAUUUACCCACUCCAGACAAAUGCCUGCAAGAAGUGCAUUUUAAGGGAGCGUUCGACUGUUAGAAAGUGUCUGUGUGUAUUGUACUCGCCGGCAUCAUGGGUUUACCUGCCCCGCACCGCGGUUACAACUUUUGCAAAUCUUCUGAUCUCUUAUAGCCACUUUUUAAGCAGGUCAUUAAUUUUUGUUGAACUGCCAAGUUACUUAUAAAUUAAUCUUUGUUGUUGUUUCUUGUUAAAUAAAUCGGUUUGUCAUUAAAAUCUGUGGGCAAAAUUAAAAUGUCCGA